CGUCCUCCCACACGCCGCAGGGGACCGUGGCAGCCCAAGCCCUGGCUGCCUCUGCGUCGGGUCGGAGACCUGCCUUCCCCACCGGGGGGCUCCGCCCCGCCACCCCAAGUGGCCGCGGCUCCCGACCUAGCGCCCUGGUACGCCCACCUGCGGCGGAGGGGGCUGCCCGCUGCUGAGCGCGUACGUUCGGUCCCCGCUCCCAGCUCCUCAGGUCCCCGCCCCAGAGCAGGCGUCCCCUCCCGGACUUUCCCUCUCGCCCCCUCUAGGGGUCUCUGCUCCCACCCGUCCAACCUCCCAGUCACCUGGCGUCCCGGUCCUCCUGACUUCCCUCCCGCUCUCUCUCGGGAACUCUGCGCCUCACCCGGUGCCCGCUCCCAAACUCCAUACCCGUUUGCUCCCGGUCCCCACCUCACACCACAUAACCCCUCUCCAUCUUCCUUGGGUCUUUGCCCCUUAACCUAGUGCCACUGUCCCUAUCAUCCCACCUGACCCCUGGUGGCGCGUCUGUUUUCAACGACGACGCCCAUCCAGCCUCCGCUCCUCCAGGUCCCUCACCCAGGCCUCCCGCCCAUCCUACCUCGUCCUCCGGACCCCUCUCGGGCCUGACGUCCUCGCCCCCCGCCCCCAUGGUCCCAGAGCCCGGCCCUGCCAACAACAGCACCCCGGACUGGGGGUCGGGGCCGCCGUCGGAGCCGGCGGGCAGCGGCUGGGUGGCGGCCGCGCUGUGCGUGGUCAUCGCGCUGACGGCGGCGGCCAACUCACUGCUCAUCGCGCUCAUCUGCACGCAGCCCGCGCUGCGCAACACGUCCAACUUCUUCCUGGUGUCGCUCUUCACGUCGGACCUGAUGGUGGGGCUGGUGGUGAUGCCGCCCGCCAUGCUGAACGCGCUGUACGGGCGCUGGGUGCUGGCGCGCGGCCUCUGCCUGCUCUGGGCCGCCUUCGACGUGAUGUGCUGCAGCGCCUCCAUCCUCAACCUCUGCCUCAUCAGCCUGGACCGCUACCUGCUCAUCCUCUCCCCGCUGAGCUACAAGCUGCGCAUGACGCCCCCGCGCGCCCUGGGGCUCGUCCUGGGCGCUUGGAGCCUGGCCGCGCUCGCGUCCUUCCUGCCCCUACUGCUGGGCUGGCACCAGCUGGGCCGCGCGCGGGCCCCGGCCCCGGGCCAGUGCCGCCUGCUGGCCAGCCUGCCCUUCGUCCUCGUGGCGUCGGGCCUCACCUUCUUCCUGCCCUCGGGCGCCAUCUGCUACACCUACUGCAAGAUCCUGCUGGCCGCCCGCAAGCAGGCCGUGCAGGUGGCCUCCCUCACCACCGGCACCGCCGGCCAGGCCUUGGAGACGCUGCAGGUACCCAGGACCCCACGCCCAGGGAUGGAGUCAGCUGAUAGCAGGCGUCUGGCCACCAAGCACAGCAGGAAGGCCUUGAAGGCCAGUCUGACACUGGGCAUCCUGCUGGGCAUGUUCUUUGUGACCUGGCUGCCCUUCUUCGUGGCCAACAUAGCCCAGGCUGUGUGUGACUGCGUCUCCCCAGACCUCUUUGAUGUACUCACGUGGCUCGGUUACUGUAACAGCACCAUGAACCCCAUCAUUUAUCCACUCUUCAUGCGGGACUUCAAGCGGGCCCUGGGCAGGUUCCUGCCCUGCCCCCGCUGCCCUGGGGAGCGCCGGGCCAGCCUCGCGUCGCCCUCUAUGCGAACCUCUCACAGCGGCCCCCGGCCGGGCCUGAGCCUGCAGCACGUGCAGCCACUGGCCCUGCCACCUGACUCCAAUUCUGACUCCGGCUCGGGUUCCGGUGGCUCCUCAGGCCUACAGCGCACAGCCCAGCCCCUGCUGCCUCGAGAGACCGCCCGGGAGCCCCCGCCCUCUGCCAGGGUUGCCACGGUGGUCAAUUUCUUCAACAUCGAUCCCGUGGAGCCCCAGCUGCAGCUGCACCCACUUGGUGCCCCCACGACCUGACCCGGUCAGUGGAGCCGGUCAGUGGGGAGCUGGACUGGAUGGGACCGAAUCCCCAAGGCUUUGGACCAUCUCUCGGCUAAGGCUGGGAGGCUGCAGGCCUCCUGGGAGCCCUCGGAGUGCCAGUGGGGUGCACUGAGCCAGUCCUCACUGCCCACCCCCCUGGGGAAAACAGCUGGCUCCGAUACAGUUUUCUCCAGGAUGCCCCCACUGCCGAGUGUAACCCGUGGGUGUGUGUGGAGGUGGCUAGAGGACUCUGGCAGAGGGGAAAAGUACUUCUCGGUUCAGGUUAGGGUGAAGACAAUCAUCUUUGACAUUUGAUGAGACUGCAGGGGAGGGAUGCCUGUCUGCAGAGGUGGGUGAGUGCGGGGCUGAAUCCCUCACUCCUCCAAGUGUCGUCCUCGGGCCACCAGCAUUCGUGUCACCUCCCUGGUGUUUGUUAAAAAUGCACCCCCCUCCCCACGCCCCUCCUGAGCCCUGCUGAGUCAGAACCUGCAUGUUUGCAGAAGCCCCAGGUGAACCGCGUGCACAGUGUAGUUUGAGAAGCGCGGGCUUGGAUGAUCGUUAACCGCAAGGAUGAUUUGUUUUCAGCCUGGACAGCGCCUCAGGAUGUGUGUGGGGCU